AUGGAUGCUUUAAAUAAGUUGAGGAGUCAUCUAAUAUUUAAAGAUGGGCGACCGUCCGCCAUUAUUUCGAUUUGUCGUGUGUCUAAGUCUGCAAUUGUUGAGUUUCUUUUAUUUUUAUCUAAUCGUCAAUAUUUGAUUUCCUCCAUUUUGUUUUUUUGUUUUUUCUUUUCAUUUAUUUUUAUCGUCUGUUUUCAUUUUUCUUUUUUUUCAAUUUAUUGUCUUCAUUCGAUUUCCUCUUUCCUUUUUUUUACAUUUAUCUUUUGUUUUCCUUCUUUCUUCUUUUUUUUCCAACUUAUUGUCUGUAUACAAUUUUUUUUCUUCUUUUUUUUACUUUAUAUUAUUUUCGUCAUUUUCUUUUCUUUUUUUUCAGUUUCUGCUUCGAUUUUUUUGUUUAUUUUUUGUUUUCUUUCCGGCUUCCAUUUUUAUUUUUAUCGUCUGUUUCUUUUUUUCUCUCUCUCUCUCUCUUUUGGUAAGUUCUUACUAAUUUUUUUUUUUUUUUUAUCGUUUUCUUCUUUUUGCAAUUUCUUCUCUGAUUCGAUUUUCUUUCUUUUUUUUUCAUUUUUUGUUCUGUUUCCAUUAUUUUCAUCUUUUUUCACAUUCUUUUUUCCUUCAAUUUUCUUUCUUUUAUUUUCACUUUUUUUUCACCUUUUUUACUAUUUCUUAUCUGCUUCGAUUUUCUUGAUUUUCUUUCUUUCUUUUCCACUUUUUAUUCUGUUUUCUUCGAGGUUUUUUUUUCAAUUUUUUUCUAUUUCGAUUUUCUUUCUUUCUCACUUUCUUUUUCACUUUUUGUUUUCUUUUUUCUUCUUUUUCAAUGUUGUUAUCUUCUUCGAUUUCCUUCAUUUUCUUUCCUUCUUUCUUAUUAAUUUUUUGAUUUUCUUCAUUUUCAUUCUUUUUCACUUUUUAUGCUGUUUUCUUCUUUUCUCCUUCUUUUUCAAUUUCGUGACUGUUUCAAUUUUCUUUAUUUUUUUUUCUCUCUUUUCUUUUCAUUUUCAUCGUCUUUUUUCGCCAUUUUUCCAUUUAAUUAUCUUCUUCCUUUUUUUCUUAAAUUUUCUGUCUUUAUAUGAUUUCUUUCAUUUUUCGUUUCUUCAUUUCUUUCACUUUUUCUUCUGUUUUCAUUCUUUCUUUCGCCGCCAUUUUCAGUUGUCUGCGUUCGGCUUUCUUCAUUUUCCCUACAUCAUUCUUUUAUAA